AUGGAAACGGUGCCGAUAAAUUCAUCCGCGCAAUCCGUCACGCGUUAUUUACGAGGGUGGCCAAGGAUCGAGAGCCGGGUCACCUUUACUGCGCCUCGACCGGUCGCCAUUGGACCAGAUAAGGAGUCCGCGAAGGACAAAUUCGACAAACAUCAGCUCCUCCAAUUAGGCGAUGGUCAGAUUUAUGGGUCGUCGGCACGGCGCGUGUUCCGGCCGGAUUUUUGCGACCGGCAGAGCGAGGGGGAACGCGGUUCGCGGGCCAUUGGGCAGCGAAACGGGCGGGCCACCGCCGCGCCGGCCCGUCCGCUCUCCGAUUUCGGCGGCGGUUUUUUUGCCCGCUCUUCGGAUGUCUUCAUAAUCGGAGCGAAAGUUGGCCCGUUCGCCUUUUUGGGCGCGGAUCACCGACGUGGACGCCUCGCGCUCCGGGGAUUAGAAGAGGCCACGAGCCCAGAUAGCGGCGUGAAGGAGCGAAGCGAGCGCGGGGAGAGGCAAGAGACGGGAGAGACGUCCCGGUCCGCCUCCCCCGCGUCCCGCGCCUCCCCCGCGCCCGACGAGAGGGAUGACAUCGAGCACAGCAUCCCAGCGACCCUGAUACAGGAUCCCAAUGUCGAAAGGGAGAGCCCGAGAUGCCUGUCGCGGGAGUCGUCGGGCGCGCCCCGCUGCCCCUCCAGCGACUCGGUCUAUUCGGGGCGCGGCGCCGGCCUCCCGCUGCCCGCCGCGCUGAGCGCCGCCCUGCCGGCCGCGCUGCCCGCCGCGCUGCUGCCCCCGCACUCGGCGGCGGUGGCGGCCUACCUGGGCGCGGCCGCCGCGGCCGCCCAGCAGCGCCUGCUCAUGUCCUGCCACGCGGACCUGGACCCCGAGCGCGCGGACGCCCUCGACUUCAGCACGAAGCGCGCCGACUCGCCGCUGGACGAGGACGACGAGGACGCCGUCAACCUGACCAAGAACGAGAACGGACCCCUGGACCUGUCCGUGGGCGCCAGGAAGCGGGCGCCCGACGACUGCCCCUCGCCCGUGCCGACGCGAAAGAGCUCGCGGCCCGCCGAGUUCAAGCCGACCCACUCGCCGUGGUCCACGCCGGUGGCGCCCCACUUGCCCUACUUCGCGGCCGCCGUCGCCGCGGCGAGCCUAUCGCCGAAGGGCGGCGUGCCCUCCGAUUGGAACGGCAAGCUGAAGCACGGCGCGCCCACGCCGAGCGACGCCACCAAGGCGCUCGAGAAGAUGAGCGAGCUGAGCAGGCUCGGCGGCGAGGAGCUGUUCCGGUCGGUGCAGAGCGCGGCCCUCGGCGCCGGGCUGACGCCCAACGCGGCGGCCCGCCACUCCGCCUGGCAGUCGCACUGGCUCAACAAGGGCGCGGACCAAACCAAGGACGUGCUCAAAUGCGUCUGGUGCAAGAAGAGCUUCAACUCCCUCGCGGACCUCACCGUGCACAUGAAGGAGGCGAAGCACUGCGGCGUGAACGUGCCGGUGCCGCCGUCGACGGGGGCGCCCCUGCCCCCCUCGCUGCAGCCCCCAUCGAGCUCGCCGUCCACCCCGUCUCACAACUCUUCGUCGUCCAGCGGCUCUUCGAAGCCCAAUCACAACGACCUUAAUAUGCUCAUCAAGGAGAACAUGCCGAUACCUAGGAAGCUAGUCCGCGGGCAGGACGUGUGGCUAGGCAAGGGUGCGGAGCAGACUAGGCAGAUACUGAAAUGCAUGUGGUGCGCGGAGAGCUUCCGAUCUCUCGCCGAAAUGACGAGUCACAUGCAACGCACUCAGCAUUACACGAACAUUAUAUCUCAGGAGCAGAUCAUCUCGUGGAAAUCGUCCGACGACGGUAAGGGUUCCAACUCGGGCGGCCCAGGCGCCAACAACGCGGCGCCGCCUACCACUGGCACCACAAGUAGCCACGUAAGCGCCGUCCUAACGUGUAAGGUCUGCGACCAAGCUUUCAGCUCAUUGAAGGAGCUUAGCAAUCACAUGGUUAAAAACUCACAUUACAAAGAGCACAUAAUGAGGUCGAUCACGGAGAGCGGCGGCAGGAGACGACAGACGCGCGAGAAGAGGAAGAAAUCGCUGCCGGUGAGAAAGCUGCUGGAGCUCGAGAGGGCGCAGCACGAGUUCAAAAACGGGGAGGGCAACGGGGUGCCAAUGGGGAAGCCCAUUAGGGACUUCAGCGCGGGCAGCAGGAUCACGUGCGAGAAGUGCGGCGACAAAAUCGAAACCGCCGUGUUCGUCGAGCACAUCAGGCAAUGCAUUGGCGCGCCAAUGUCGAAUAACCAGAGGAACUUCCUGAAGAGCGCACUCCUUUCGAACAACAUCAUCCCGCCCGACGUGCCCGGCCACGUGACGCCCACCGGACGCGACGGCCGAAAGAGCAUCAACGAGGAGCUGCCCUCGCCCGGCUCCGCCCACCAUCGCUCCCCCUCCUCCGUGAACGACUCCUCGCCGAGCUCCAAAGACCCGAAUGCGAGCGACGACAAAAGCUCGUCGCCAUCCGUUUUGAACGCCAUCGAGCAGCUGAUCGAGAAGAGUUUCGACACCCGCUCGCGGCACUCGAUUCCCGGCAUGCCCGGCGCCGCGGCCCACGCCCCGAUAGGCUCCAGCAUCCUCAAGCGGCUGGGCAUAGACGAGAGCGUGGACUACACCAAGCCCCUGGUGGAUGCGCAGACCAUGAGCAUGCUGAGGAGCUACCACCACCAGCAGGGGUACGGGCGCCGCGAGCGCAGCGGCAGCGAGUCCAGCUCGAUGUCGGAGCGCGGCGGCAGCAGGGUCGAGUCGCUCACGCCCGACAGGAAGCUGGACUCGUACCACAUGACGCCGCGCACCACGCCCGACACGCGCGGCUCCCAGACGCCCGCCGCCGAGGAGCGCCCCGCUGAAGUGCGGAUCAAGAAGGAGGCGCCCGACGAGGAGGAGCGCGAGGGCGGCGUCGACCUGAGCGGCCGGCCCGUACGCGUCAAGACCGAGGUGGAGGAGGACGAGGAGCCGCGGCCGGCCAGCGCGGAGGCGGACGUGAAGCCGGCGCUGGCCAAGCGCGAGAGCGAGGGCCGCAGCCCCUCGGCCAGCCCCACGAGCCCCGCCAGCGACCGCUCCGGCCCCACGCCCGGCGCCGAGCGCAAGUCCAGCCUGGGCGCCCUCUCCUCCAUGUUCGACAGCCUGGCCGGGGGCGGGAGCUCCGGCGAAGCGAGCUCGUCGCGCCGAGGCGGCAGCCACCCGCUGGCCGCGCUGCAGAAGCUGUGCGACAAGACGGAGAGCAACCCGCCGCGGGCGCCGCCGCCCGCCCCCUCCCCCGCGGGGCCGCCCAGCAUCCUCACCUUCAGCUGGGCGUGCAACGACGCGGUGGUCACGGACUCCGUGAUGAAGUGCGCCCUCUGCGACACGCCGUUCAUCUCGAAGGGCGCGUACCGCCACCACCUGUCCAAGAUGCACUUCGUGAAGGACGGCGCGCUGCCCGAGCCCUCGGCGGCCAAGGCGCCGCCCGCGGCGGGCUCGCCGGGGGCGGCCAGGGGCUCGCCGGGGGCGGCCAAGGGCUCGCGCGCGCCCUCCCCGCAGGCGCCGCGCAGCCCCUCGCAGCCCUUCGACGAGAGCCCCCACUCCAAGUUCCUCAAGUACACGGAGCUGGCGAAGCAGCUGUCCAGCAAGUACGUG